AUGUCAUCACCAAGAAAACACGUCGUCUUCGACAUCGUAGGCACCUGCAUGUCCUACGACGCCAUCCCCCGCGCCAUCGAGACCCGUCUCGGCCCCAAACUCGCAGAACACAACAUCAAGCCCGCCCUCCUCAGCUUCGCCUGGAUCGAGGCCGCCGAGCGCGAAUACACCUACCUCUCCAUCCAAGGCCGCUACCGCCGCUUCUACGACAUCUUCCGCAGCCUCUUCUACCGCAUGCUCUUCCAAGCCGGCGUCCCGGAACCGCGGAAGCUCGCCACCGACGACGACGUGGCCUACAUCAUGGACCGCUUCCUCGAGCUCGAGGCCCGGCCCGGCACAAAGGAGUGCUUCACGCUCCUGCGCGAGGCCGGCUUCACAGUCUGGGCCUUCACGGCCGGCGACGCGAAGCGCGUGGGCGGGUACUUUGCCAAGGCAGGCAUCGACAUGCCCGCGGAGAACCUCAAGAGCUGCGACGCGGACGGCAUCGGCAAGCCGGAUCCCAGGGCGUAUAAGCCCGUGCUGGAGAGCUUUGGCGGGGAGGAGGCGUGGUUCGCGGCCGCGCACAUGUGGGAUGCGUCGGCGGCCAAGGGGUGCGGGUUCAAGGGGGCGUGGUGCGCCGUGUACGAGGGGGAGCCGUGUACGGAUUUGUUUGGGGAGAUGGAUGUCAUGGCGACCGAGUUGCCGGAGAUGGCGCGGAAGAUUAUAGCCGCCCCGAAAGAAGCCUGCCAAGCCCACCUACCGCCUCUCAUCCAGUCACAUCCCAUCGUCAUGCCCGCACCAAAACCGACGAACCGGAACCCGGUUCCCAACCCCGUCACCUCCUUCUGGAACGCCGCCCCCCGGGCCCUCGACGACCACCGCACAACCCCGGAGCUCCCCGCCACGAGCGACAUCGUCAUCGUCGGCGCCGGCUUCGCGGGCGUCGCCACGGCCUACCACAUCCUCAAGGACAACCCGUCCCCGCCGUCCAUCACCAUCCUCGAGGCCAGGAAGGUCUGUUCCGGCGCCUCGGGUCGCAAUGGCGGGCACGUCAAGCCCGACACGUAUUUCCAGGUGCCCAAGUACACCAAGCUCUUUGGGCCCGAGCAGGCGGCCAAGUUGGCUGCGUUUGAGGCCUCAAAUGUGUAUGCCGUCAAGGAGCUUGUAGAGAGCGAGGGGCUGGAUUGCGAUUUUCAUCUGACGCGGGCGGUUGAUGUGUAUCUUGACCCGGAGCAUGCCAAGGAGACUGAGGCUGCGUAUCGGGAAUUAGUCAAGGCGGGCGUUGUGAAUGUGAAGGAUGUUUCCUUCACUCCCAAGAAGGACGCCGAAAGGGUUUCAGGAGUGAAAGGCGCGCAGUGCGCCUUCUCCUUCACGGCAGCACAUCUAUGGCCAGCAAAGAUGGUCCACCAGCUCCUAGACCGCCUCCUCCAACAGGGGCUGAACCUGCAAGCCAACACGCCAGUAACAUCAGUCUCGUCAACGCCCGACGCCGCCGGCCGCUGGACAGUCCAGACCCCGCGCGGCGCCAUCAGCGCAGGUAAAGUCGUCGUAGCCACAAACGGCUACACGGCACAAGUCCUCCCGCAAUACGAAGACCGCAUCGUCCCCGUCCGUGGCCUCUGCAGCCGCAUCACCAGCCCGGGCGGCCCCAACAGCCCGCACCUGGUCAACACGUACGGCAUCCGCUUCGACGCGCGGAACAACGACUACCUCAUCCCGCGAGCGGACGGUAGUAUCGUCGUCGGCGGCGCGCGGCAAAUGUUUUGGCAUAAGCGGGGCGAGUGGUUCGACAACGUCCGGGACGACGAGCUGGUCAAGGGCGCGGCGCCGUACUUUGACGGGUACAUGCAGAGACAUUUCCGCGGGUGGGAGGAGAGCGGCGCGACGACGGAGAGGGUGUGGACGGGUAUCAUGGGGUAUAGCUCUGAUUUCAUGCCGCAUUUGGGCGGUGUGCCUGGGAAGCCGGGGCAGUUUAUCAUUGCUGGGUUUUCUGGUCACGGGAUGCCGGAGAUUCUGCUCUCGAGUAAAGGCGUGGCGGCCAUGAUUCGCGAUGGGGCUUCUUUUGAGAGCACGGGGCUGCCGAGUAUCAUGGAGACGUCGAAGGCGAGGAUCGAGAGGAAAGAUAGUCCUCUUGAGGACGGGCUCAAGUCUCUGUGGGAGGAUGACUUGAAGGCGAAGCUGUGA